AUGCCUGACUUUGAAGCAGUAGAAGAUUGUUCAUUAAGAGAAUAUUGGUUUGCACUUGCAAAUCUUCUGGCAGGUGAUGAGAACCAUGUCAAGCUGUGGAGUUCUGCAGGUAUUGUAUUGACAUGUAGCAUUGCACUACCGCAUUUAAAACCCGACUUGAGACUGUUUCGAAGGGGAAUCGUCGACGUGCUUGUACAACUAGACACGUUGUCCUGCCCACGAUUUAUUAGUUAUCUAUCGCCCAAAGCCAUCAAAAGUGGUUGGAGAAAUAUGCAAAGAUAUCCCGAAGAAGCAAUCAUCUCAUUCAGCUAUACAGGGAUAUUUGCUCAUGUAUCCAAUGUCCACUAA